AUGCUGAACGACAAGGUGAGAGAGGUCAGAUUCCACAGCGGUCCAGCAGCGAGCAGCAUCGAGGAGAAGAUGGAGCCAGACGGCGUGAUGCUGCAUUCUCUGAACACUGCAGCUGUCCCCGAGCCAGAGCUGAUGUGCAUCUUUGGCACGGGGGAUUUGGGACGCUCUCUGGGCCAGCGUCUGCUGCAGUCGGGGUACAGAGUGGUGUACGGCAGCCGCAGACCAAACACCUGUGGCCCCCUGCCUCUCGGAGCUCAGGCGAUGACCCACGCAGCAGCCGCCCAGUCUGCCAGCCUCAUCUUCGUUUGUGUUCAUAGAGAGCACUACGAAUUCCUGGAGACGAUGCGGAACCAACUUCAAGGAAAGGUGCUGGUGGACCUCAGCAACAACCCGAAGAAAGGCAUGUAUCCCGAAGCCAACGCCAUCUACUUACAAAGGCUGGUCCCCCGCGCUGCUGUGGUGAAAGGCUUUAACACACUCUCUGCCUGGGCCCUGCAAAAUGGACUUCUGGCCGGGAAACAGGUGUACCUGUGUGGGGACAAUGCCGAGGCGAAGCGCGCGGUGGCGGAGACGGCCACCAAACUGGGCCUCGCUGUUCUGGACAAAGGGUCUUUGUCGGCAGCCGGAGAGCUGGAGGACUUCCCGCUGCGGCUGUUCUCGGAGUGGAAGAUCCCUCUGUGUGUGGCUGUGGGCCUCACCGCCUUCUUCUACUUCUAUCUGCUCAUUAGAGAUGUCAUCUAUGCGUAUGUUGAGAAUGGUAGAAACAUCUCCUACAGAAUCAUGAUGUCGCUGGGCAACAAGGUGUUUCCGAUUGUGUCCCUCAUUAUGCUCGCUCUCUGUUACCUGCCCGGCGUUAUAGCCGCUUUCCUUCAGCUCUACAGAGGGACCAAAUACAGCCGUUUCCCUAACUGGCUGGACCGCUGGAUGCUGUGCAGGAAGCAGAUGGGUCUGGUUGCACUCGGCUUUGCUUUUCUUCAUGCCGUCUACACGUUUGUCAAUCCCAUUCGCUACAACGUCAGGUACAACCAAAUCGUGGAAGCAGUGGCGGAGACGAAGAACAAUGAAAUCACCCCGUUUGAUAACACCGAAGCUUGGGGCGCCGACUCAUUUUUUGUGCUGGGCAUCCUGGGUUUCUUCCUCUAUGUCCUGCUAGGACUAACAUCAUUGCCCUCAGUGGGAGGCUCUCUCAGCUGGAGAGAGUUCAGCUUCGUUCAGUCUAAGUUGGGGUACCUGACGCUCUUCAUAUGCACGGCACACGGCUACAUUUACGGCUGGAAUAAAUUCCUGAAGACCAGCACCUACAAGUGGUACACUCCUCCGGGCUACAUGCUGUGCCUGAUCGUGCCCUCCGUGGUGCUGGUGCUCAAGCUGCUCCUGCUUCUGCCCUGCGUGGACCGCUCCCUCACCCGGAUCCGGCAGGGCUGGGAGAGGACCAAACCCAAGGAGGUGAUGGGCGCCACCAACCUGUGAACUCAAACCUGCAGAGAUCUGUGCAAAAAAAAAAGAAAAUGAUUCUUGAAAAACAUCUUGUGGGUGUAAUUUGUUAAUUUGUAAAGAAGUGAGCAAUUCUCUGAAAAUAAUAAUAAUUUUUUUAAAAAGAACAACAUGCCAAAAAGUUUCCUCUGCUGGUGUGUGAUUACGCCUCUUGAUUCCUUCUCUGUUGUGCCUGUUCUCAACUGAAUUGUGCAUUUCUGGAAAAAAAAGAAAAGGAAAGGAAAAAACCUGGAGAGAGAGAAAAAAAAUAGAUAAUCAAGCCAAAUGGACAGGUCUCUGUGGAUAUAAACAUUUUUAAUGUUUAUUUUCUCUGAGCUUUGUUAAAAGAAAAGCCCAGUUUUCAUGUUUGUGCUGUAUCUUUUCACUGAGCGUGGUGAUUGAUAUCCCCCGCUGAAGCCCAUUGUUUUGAUAAACACAGGCAAUAGUUUCUGCUUUCCACUCUCUUUUCUCUUCACGUGGAGCGAGUGCAUCCCCGAGGUUGCUCUCUUUUCAGGAUGUUAUU